AUGAUAUCAACUGGUUAUGGAAACCGGACCUCCCGGACCUCUGAGACCCCCCAGGAGGUCCGAGACCCCCGGAGGUCUGAGACCAGAGGCCGGACCUCCGAGACCCGGCCCCGGACCUCUGAGACUGGCCCCGGAGGUCUGAGACCCCCCCGGAGGUCUGAGACCAGAGGCCGGACCUCUGAGACCCGGACCCAGACCUCUGAGACUGACCUCGGAGGAAGCCUGUGUGGGAUCCCUUUGGCAGGGCUCAAAGCGGAAAGUCUGUCCCCUGGACACACUCUGCUGGGAGGCCUGACCUAUGAGGCACUGGCCGAGAAUCUGGCCAAAAAAUACAAUUUCUCCUUUCCACACACCUUCAACAGGGCUCAUCAUCUGGGACCGGACACUCCACAGAAACUCCAUCUCCCAGAGUCCUUUGAGCACGCAAACCCCUCCGCCGCGAUAAGGCAGCAACCUCGAAGGGGGAUGAAUGGGAAAGGGGAGGACCACCUGUGCUAG